AUGGAUUCCCAGUGGCAGCCAUACCAGGACCAUAUGAUGGGGGGCCGUCCGGUGCAGCAGUUCAACCACGCUCCUCCACAGCAGCUGCCAUCGAAAUAUGGCGCCCAGCCCCAACAAGCCCAGCCGCCCGUGGGAUACACAUAUGAGACCUUCCAAACUCCCGCGAUCGCUCCUCAGCCUCCCUCCCUGGGCAACAACUCGAAAUCCGUGUCCAUGGCCUCGUCUCCCGCCGCCACGCCACGUAGCCGCGAUUAUGUCACCGAUGCCGACACCACCAUGGAGGACGCGGAUCCGUAUAACCGAGCAAAGUACUCGACCAGGCCGAACCAGCACAGUCGGCCCUCCUCGCAGUUCUUUCCCCAGGAGGAAUCCUCCGCCGCUCGACGGUACUCGCCGAUGAAUGUCCUGUCGCCCUCCAUGCCCUAUAAUCCAACAAGCCCGGGCAAGUCUCAGGCCCCCUACGCUUUUCCACCGGGUCCCAACCAGUCGCGACGGUCGCCAACCAGGGCGCCCAAUUAUGCAUCGCCGCCUCAGCAAUAUCAAUCGCCUCCUGCCGGAUCGCGCGCCCCAAGGCUUCCUCCAUUGCAGUCGACCGAACUCGGCCCCGAUCGCUACUACCCGCCAUCCGCAGGAUCCCAGCUGAAUACGCCUUUCGCGUCGGAUGCACGAUCACCACCGUCUGCCGCAGUCUCGGGUGGACCCCCGCAGCCUGGUCGAGGACCCAUCCCUAAGUUCCAGAAGAUCAAGUCAGUGCAGGACCUGCAUCCGCGGAUAAACAUGCAGCCACCCUACCGACGUGCCAAUCCCGAAGGCGGGUUCAUCAGCCCCCUCCAAGCCUUGACAACGCAUCUUCCUGCGACGUAUCGGAUUUGUAACCCCGGAUUCAACUACGAGUCGUCGAGAAACCCGAGGCGUGUUCUCACGAAGCCUAGCAAAGGGGUCAAGAAUGAUGGUUUCGACAACGAGGAGAGUGAUUACAUUCUGUACGUGAAUGAUAUUCUCGGGAGUGAGGAGGCCGGUCAUAAGAACCGGUAUCUCAUCCUCGAUGUGCUGGGUCAAGGCACUUUUGGGCAAGUUGUCAAAUGCCAGAAUCUGAAGACGCAGGAAGUGGUCGCCGUCAAGGUCAUCAAGAACAAAACAGCAUACUUCAAUCAAAGUAUGAUGGAGGUGUCGGUCUUGGAUUUGCUGAACAGCAGAUAUGACAAAAAUGAUGACCACCAUCUCCUCCGAUUGAAGGACACCUUCAUCCACCGGCAGCAUCUCUGUCUAGUGUUCGAAUUGCUCAGUGUCAACCUCUACGAGUUGAUCAAGCAGAACCAGUUCCGAGGAUUGAGCACGACACUUGUGCGGGUAUUCGCUCAACAACUGUUGAACGCGCUGAGCCUCUUGAACAAGGCCCAUCUGAUUCACUGUGAUCUCAAGCCAGAGAAUAUUCUUUUGAAGAAUCUUGAGAGUCCAAUCAUCAAAGUCAUCGACUUUGGUUCGGCCUGUGAUGAACGGCAAACCGUCUACACAUAUAUACAGUCACGGUUCUACCGCUCGCCCGAGGUCCUCCUUGGGUUACCGUAUUCUUCCGCCAUUGAUAUGUGGUCACUCGGAUGCAUCGUCGUUGAACUCUUCCUUGGUUUGCCAUUAUUCCCAGGGUCUUCAGAAUACAACCAAGUGUGUCGAAUCGUGGAAAUGCUAGGCUUGCCACCCACCUGGAUGCUCGAGAUGGGUAAGCAAUCUGGCGAGUUCUUUGAAAAGACUCAGGACGAGUUCGGAAGAAAGACAUAUCGAUUGAAGAGCCUCGAGCAAUACUCUCGGGAACACAACACCAAGGAGCAGCCAAGCAAGAAGUACUUCCAACAAAACACUUUGGAAGAGAUAAUCCGAAACUACCCAAUGCCCCGGAAGCAUAUGAAACCAGCAGAGAUGGAGAGGGAACUCAAUAACCGGGUGGCUUUCAUUGACUUUGUUCGGGGGCUGCUGACAAUUAACCCCCUGGAGCGAUGGUCCCCACAGCAAGCCAAGCUGCAUCCCUUCAUCACGCAGCAGAAAUUCACCGGGCCAUUUGUUCCACCGAUGAACUUGAAAUACUCAUCGCUCAACAAGACCAUCGCACCCGGCAUCCAACAACAGCAACAGGCAGAAGCGGCGAGCAAACAGAGGGCUGCACACGUCGCCCACGCCCAAUCUGCGGCGGCGCAACAGGCAUACUCGCUCCAGAUGAACCAAUUUCACAACCCCAAUCAUGCUGCCCAACCUCCUCCCAUGUACAAUGGGAUGUAUACUGGACAUCAGCAGGGUGCUCCUCCCCCGUACCCUACUCAACCACCGACCUAUGGUCACCAGAUGAACCUCAUGCCUGGUCAAAUGCCGCAAACUCAAUACGCGCCAUCUCAAAGUCUGUACGCUCAAGCUACGACACGGGCGGGUCGUCAGCGUGCAUCCACCAUGGAUCCGCAGGGAGGUGGUAUCCCACCCACCAUCCAACGAGUGGCAAGCCAUCUUGACCCAAAUGCGCCCAUUCGACUACAGCCCAGCCCAGCCUACUACCCCCCGCCUGCAGAUGGUUAUGUCGACAAUGCUGGUAACCAGCGACGACGAGGAAGCCGUGCAGGUGCCACCCGAAAUCGCGACUUCAUUCGGACCCUCGAAGAUGGCGUCUUGGGCGGUGAUGGUUUCAUGGCGCAGAACCAGUGGCAUUGA